AAUCGAUCCAGAAAUGACAAACUUACGUUCUUAGCUUCCAUCUCUGUUCAUUGAUUUGAUGUACUUCUUCUUCUCCAAAUUCAAACCAUGUUUUGACGAAGCCUUAUGAACACUUUCCCCUCUUACAUUGCCAUCCUUAAUCUACAAUUCUCUCCUACUUCAGCUUCAGCUUCUUCCUCGCUCUGUUUUUCUUACUAAAAAUUAGAACUUGGCAUUGACGAAAUACUACAAUAGUCUUUACCCAUGGCGACUGCUUCCUCUGUUAUGUGCACAUGGUUCGUCGCUGCUUGCAUGUCCAUUUCUACUGAGAAUGACUACAACGCCUUUUCAAAUCAUUCCACGAUGCUUCACUUUUCUCCAUCUAAACGUUUCAACAGAUGGGCUCGAAAGAGGAGGGCUUUAUCCAACUUUUGCAUUAGCGGCUCUGAAUUCCCCAAAGGACUAAUUUCUUCACUAUGCAGAUCGAAUAUUCGGGGUUUGAUGACCUCUUGUUUGCCAUUUGAACCAUGUGAUCAAUAUAACAACUCCAAAGGCAUCUGGGGAGACCGUGGAUUCGUUGGGUGGUCUCUUUUUGGAUUUUGCGAUCCUGUCAGUCGCAGGAAAAGGAGGAUGCAUCGAGCUGCUCGUUCGGAAGGGUUUAUGGCAGUAGCUGUUGAACCUACAAUGGACAGCUCGAAUAAAAAGAAGCAAAGACGAGUAGUUGUGACAGGGAUGGGCGUGGAGACUCCACUUGGGAGUGAUCCAGAUGUUUUCUAUAGUAAUCUGCUUGAAGGGGUCAGCGGGAUUAGUGAGAUUGAGUCUUUUGAUUGUUCCCAAUUUCCUACGAGAAUUGCUGGAGAAAUAAAGUCAUUCUCAACAGAAGGAUGGGUUGCUCCAAAACUAUCAAGAAGAAUGGAUAAAUUUAUGCUUUAUAUUCUUACAGCAGGAAAGAAAGCAUUAGAAGAUGGUCUACUUACUAAAGAUGCAAUGGAUCAGAUAGAUAAAACCAGAUGCGGGGUUUUGAUUGGCUCGGCCAUGGGAGGCAUGAAGGUUUUCAAUGAUGGUGUAGAAGCUUUAAGAGUAUCUUACAGAAAGAUGAAUCCUUUUUGUGUACCUUUUGCUACAACCAACAUGGGAUCUGCUAUGCUUGCCAUUGAUCUGGGUUGGAUGGGUCCAAACUAUUCGAUAUCCACAGCUUGUGCCACGAGCAAUUUCUGUAUUGUAAAUGCUGCAAACCAUAUCAUCAAAGGGGAAGUUGAUAUGAUGCUAUGUGGUGGUUCUGAUGCUGCAAUUAUACCUAUUGGAUUGGGAGGUUUUCUGGCAUGUAGAGCACUUUCUCAAAGGAACAAUGACCCGACAAAAGCUUCACGCCCUUGGGACACUAGCCGUGAUGGAUUUGUCAUGGGAGAAGGUUGUGGGGUUCUACUGUUGGAAGAGCUGGAGCAUGCCAAGAAAAGAGGUGCAAAAAUUUACGCAGAGUUCCUUGGUGGCAGCUUCACUUGCGAUGCUCACCACGUGACAGAGCCUCACCCUGAAGGAACUGGAGUAGUGUCGUGUAUAGAGAAGGCUUUAGCUCAAUCUGGGGUCUCGAGAGAAGAUGUUAACUACAUCAAUGCACACGCUACAUCUACACAAGCGGGAGAUCUAAAGGAGUACCAAGCCCUUAUUCGUUGUUUCAAGCACAAUCCAGAGUUAAAGGUGAACUCUACAAAAUCAAUGAUCGGUCACCUAUUAGGUGCUGCGGGUGCUGUUGAAGCUGUUGCAGUUGUGCAGGCGAUAAGAAGAGGAUGGGUUCAUCCAAAUGUGAAUCUUGAAAAUCCAGAUGAAUGUAUGGACAUGAAUGUGCUGGUUGGUUCAAAGAAGGAAAAGUUGGAGAUUAGAGUGGCGUUAUCAAAUUCAUUUGGUUUUGGCGGACAAAAUUCAUCCAUCUUAUUUGCCCCUUAUAAACAUUAGUAGUAAAUAGUCAUCAUGUAAUUAACUAACUAAUUGGGUUAUAUAUUCUUA